AUGGAGUGCGAGCAGCGCACGACGCGAAGCGACAGCUUACGAAAUUAUUCAAGCUACUCGUCGAGCGACGACGACGGAGACGGGCCGGGCGCACGCGCGCGAGAGUGCAAGGGAGGGCGGAUUCCGCGGCGGAGCCAAUGCUCUCAAUCCCCGCAAGCCGCCGUUACCGCGACCGGAGCUGAAGGCGUCUCACGUUCCGCAAACGCCGCCGCGCCGCCGCUGCCCCGCCUGGAUGCGAUGGGCGGCGCGGUUAGCAAGCACGUGCGCGUGGUGGAGGACGCGGCGCUGUGGUACGCGUGCGCGGGGCCGCUGGUGACGGUGCCGGCCGUGGGGUCGCUGGUGGUGUAUUUCCCGCAGGGCCACGUGGAGCAACAGCAGCGCCUCGCGCAGGUAGAGCCCACGACUCAGGUCGAACAUCGCACGCGGCGAAUCUCAGUUCUUUCGGAUGGCCCACGUGUGGGACUGGUGUCUGUGCUUCACAUCCGCGGCGCUUCACGGGCGAUCCGCCUCUCCGCCUCCUCUGCGGAGUUUGCCCCCGUCCCUUCCACGCUCUCUCCUUCCUUUCCCCGUCUUAGUUCACGUUGCCCCUCCCUCCCCAUCCCCCAAUUAUCCCCUACCCGCAGCGCGACCCACCGCAACUGA